UUGCCAAUUUUUUUUUUAAAAGAACUGAAAGAAUCGGUUCAGAACAGCUGCUGCUACUGAGCAGAACUGAGCUGAUUACACAUAGUUUGGUCUUGAUAGUCUCUGUGUGUGUUGGGAUCGGAGUGGAGAAACCUGUCAGACACACCCUCUUCGAAGCCAAAAAGUGAAAGUGAAAACCCUGACUGACUGCUAACUCACCUCGUUCCAACGAGAACACAGACUGCAAUCCGGGCAAACGAGAACACGGACUGUAAUCCGGGCAAACGAGAACACGGGCACAAGCAAAGAUCUGCAAUAGGAACAGUUUUCCUCAAAACGUGCCUCGGUUUUAAAAGCAUUUCUGAUGGAGUUCCUCACAGUCCUCUCAGCCGGACUCGCUGGCCUGGUACUGCUCGCGAUCGUGGCUCUGGUUAAGCACCACGGAGGCGCCUACCUGGCGUGGCACGUUUACCUUCAGGGCUACAUGAAGAGCCUCUUCAGCAGCAGAAGCAAGGAGCAGAGGAUCCUGGAUUUUGUGCUGAAGCAUGCUGUGCCAGGGGACCCCACCAGUGUGCUGAAUGCCAUUGACAAAUACUGCAGUCAGCAGGAGUGGGCCAUGAACGUCGGGGAUGAGAAAGGUUUAAUCCUGGACAGAGUCUUGCAGGAAGCUAGCCCCUCCCUCGUGCUGGAGCUGGGCACCUACUGCGGGUACUCUGCUGUCAGAAUGGCUCGUCUGCUCAAACAGGGCGCUCAGAUCCUCACUGUGGAGUUCAACAGAGACAAUGCAGAUAUUGCACGCCAGGUUCUGGAGUUUGCCGGGGUGAAGGAUAAGGUGCAGAUUCUCGAGGGCUCCUCCUCCGAGGUGAUCCGGCAGCUGCAGAAGAAGCACGCGGUGGACACUGUGGAUUUCAUCUUCAUCGACCACUGGAAGGACCGCUACCUCCCUGACACCAAGCUUAUGGAGGAGCUGGGUUUGCUGAGAAAGGGAACAGUCAUACUGGCAGACAACGUCAUCUUCCCUGGAGCCCCGGACUUCCUGCAGUACGUCCGCAGCAGCCCCAAGUACGACUGCACCUACUACCCCUCUCAUCUGGAGUACCUGGACGCCGAGGACGGGCUAGAGAAGGCUGUGUACAAGGGCUAGACCGUCCGUGUGACCGGGCUCACGUCACAUUCAUGAUCCAGCUCAAAACCUUUUCACUGUUGCCAGCCACGAAUGACACCUCUUUACAAAGACAGUUUAAUAAAGCAUUACUAAAGCUCUAA